AGUUUUUAAACUUUAUUUUAGCAAUUAAAUAGAUCCCUAGAACAGCAAAACAGAGCGAAAACAAACAAGAAGCUAAACUAGUAAUCAGAAAUGAAUUCAAGAUUAGCAAUUUAGCAUUUGCUUUUAAACCUAACAUGGCCACCGUGAUUCCAAGUCUUGAGGCGGGCAGAGAAGGUGCCAGCAGGAACAAAAUUGGAGUCACCGAAAGCGUGCUCCAGAGAGAACUGGAUCUUGGAGUUAGACUCCGACUCCGAAUGCCUCUUCCGGGAGGAUCUAGUAGCAGCAGGGAUGGAUGCGGGUUCAGGGAAGCGAGGUGGAGCGCCAUCGAGAUCGAACUCCUCGUCAUCUAGGUGGAGCUCAUCGGAUUCGAAUUGGAAAGAGGGGAAGGAGAAGAACGAGAGAGUGAGGAAGAAAGCUAAUGUCACUCUCUUCUUCAAUUUUCUGGUUUUCUGUUAGAGGAGGAAUCGAUGGCUUUUGUUAAGAGGGAUUGAUUCCUCAAAACGACGUAUGACCCUUUGUCAUUUCAGUUUGUUUAUUGGUCUCUUAACUUUUUUUUUUUCAUUCCUCAUACAUUAAUAAAAAAAUAUAAUGUAA